UUUUUGAAGCUUUCCCGCCCGCCCGCCUCUCAAUCAUACGAUCGGAAAACCAUGACUUACACUAUCUACCUACUUCUAUCUCGCCUCUGGGAGAUCGAAACCUGCAUGUUGGCGUAGGUUUUGUCAGUCGGUGGCUGUUCGGCAUACAAUAAAUCCACUGGGCCAGGAUAUAACAGGCUGUACCUGGAAAGCCCUCGGAGAAGUCACAUCAAGCCAUCCAUCUCCCCGUCGGGCCCGUCCAACAAACAAGCGCGGAAAUCGAAAUCUAGAGGCGACGAUCCAAUUUAGUCAACCAGUGGACCCAACUAGGUAGUUAGUAGAUGGUUGACACGAACUGCCGUCAACACAACAGGUGGUGUUUACCUACCUACUGUUUAACGACCGUCCUCCACCGGCCGCCUUUGUCCCACUCAUCACUUUGGUUUAGCUAUCUACGGAGUACCUAUCUGGGAUUACUUCGUAUCUUGGUUUUAAUUGGUUUAUUAUUUACUCCGUACAUUACCAUUAUUUUUUUUUCUUAUUAUUACUCUUCUCUUUCUUAUUUGAUUAUUAUCAUCAUUAUUAUUAGUAUCAUUAUUAUUUUACUAUCUCGCGUUACUUCGUACGCUGAGCUGGGCUUCCCCUGCCCCUCCUCCCCAUUUGAUUCGCGUCAGAAGUACGGACGCAGUACUCCGUACUCCGUAGGUACGCAGGGACGAUCUUCAGCCUGGCAUACGACCUCCUUUUUUUUUUUUUUCCUUUUCCUGUUCCCGCGGUGUGCUGGGGACAUUGCCUGUGUCGUCUUGUUUCAGAUUCGACUCCCUUUGCCUACCAACACCUCCCCCCCCCCUUGGGCUUUGUUCUUCUAUUGGUUACGAUCUUCAAGCGACGAUGUUUGGCUCUGCUAUCUACCUAGUACCCCGUACUACUUACCAGUCCGCCGGUUACCAGCCAUUCGUCUGCGCCCUGCGGCUGCAGCCGAUCCGUACCUCCUGUCGGACAUAUCCUUCAUCAUUUGCCUAUUGGAUCGGGAUCCCCAAGUCAGCUGUGGCAAGCUCUAGUGGAGUAGUUCGGUGAUUUCUCCUCACUGGUAAUUGGGUGCGUGGAGGUGGACUCGAUUCCCCAUCCUCCCCCUAACGAACACCCCUGGA